AUGGCCAAACUCUCCCCCGAUCAAAUUAACGUCCUGUCCGUGCGUGCUUACUACGACAACAAAACCUUUACCAACACAACGGAGAUGACAAAUUUGUUGAAAUAUGAAAGUCAACAUUUUCGAUGUAAAGUGCAAUUGGAAAUAAGUGAGUGCAUUGCGGAUCGGUGCUGGAGCAUUGGACUAGUUCAGGCUUGUGAUCGGAUGUACCUAGAGAAUCGAUAUGGACACAGUGGAAGUUCAUUUUGGGAAUUUCAUCCCCUAAAAAGUGGACGACAUAAAAUGGUGAAUGACAGUGACGGUCGCCAGUAUCCAUUCUACAGUUUGACCAGUAGCAAAUUCGAAAUACGUCGAGGUGUGGUUUCCGACAGCCUUGUUUCACUGACCUAUGAGGAUCAUUUCUACCCAACAGUGGCCUGGGAAUUACCAUACUACGGCGGAGCCAAAUUGACGGAUGUUAUACGAAAGCAAGACUUUUGGGUUUGGCUGGUCGCUAUCAAACGGGCUAGUAGUCGUUCGGCCUCAUGUGAUGUAUUCAACGCGAAACACGAUGAAGUGUUCAUUCUGAAAACAAUGCGGUGGCGUUAUGGUUUGCACAUGACAUUCGAUCCACAUCAGCCGAUUGGAAAGAGAUUACAACGAAUCUACGACGUACAGGAAGAACAACCUAUCAUUUUAGAAACCAAUCGUCCACUACCGUUGUCCGCACUCAGCCCACCACACUGUAACGCAGCGCAAUCCCUUAUAUGGUAUCCAAAUAAUCCAACAGAUAAACCAAAACUACUGGUCCCCCCGAAACAGAUAAUCGUGCCUUGGGAAACGUGGACGAACGAUAUGGCACCGGGACGUAGUUUGAGUGUGAAAAAACCGGAUCAAUGCAAACUAGUCGGUGAAUGGGCUCACGACACGGAGAUUGGAAUUGAUGUCAAUCCGACAAUCAAAACCGCUUCAUCUGCGCGAACAUGGAAACCUGCUCCACCAGUUGAUACGACCACUAUCUCCACAUCACGAUCCGUACGCACUCCAAGUCGUCCACGAGGUUAA